AUGAACUACCUGAACGUGCUGGCCAAGGCGCUGUACGACAACGUGGCCGAGUCCCCGGACGAGCUCUCCUUCCGCAAGGGCGACAUCAUGACGGUGCUGGAGCGCAACACGCAGGGGCUGGACGGCUGGUGGCUCUGUUCGCUCCAUGGCCGGCAGGGCAUCGUUCCCGGGAACCGCCUCAAGAUCCUCGUGGGGAUGUACGACAAGAAGCAGCCGCAGCAGCAAGCGCCUGGCCCGGCACAGGGGCAGGCAUCGCCGCAGCCAUCGGUACCCCAGCCGGCUUUGCCCUUCCACCACCAAGGGGGCUACACCCCGCUGUCGCCUGCCUCGCAGUACACACCCAUGCACCCUGCUUAUGCCCCCCAAGGGGACAAUGUCUACCUGAUGCCAGUCCCCAACAAGGGACAGCAGGGUCUGUACCCGGGCUCGGCGCCCACUGGACAGUUUCCUCCUGCCCCAGCUAAACAGCCUUCCACCUACCCAAAGCAGGCACCUCCCCACACCUUUCCCAGUUCCGGCCAGGAAAUCUACCAGGUGCCCCCCUCCCUGGGCCAGGCAGCAGAGGCAUACCCAGGGGGCUCUGCCACUCCCCCCCAGGAUGUCUACCAGGUUCCUCCCUCAGCUGGUCAGUCUCAAGAAAUCUACCAGGUGCCACCAUCACUGGACAUGAGAAGCUGGGAAGGGCACAAGCCCCAGGGAAAGGUGCUGGUGCCCACCCGUGUGGGCCAGGUGUAUGUCUAUGACUCCCCCAAGGGUGAGCAGGUUGAGUAUGAUUUCCCUCGCCACCUCGUCUCCACAGGCUCCCAGGAGAUCUAUGAUGUGCCACCUGUCCGAGGAGGGGUCCCAAGCCAGUUUAGCCAGGAGGUCUAUGACACCCCUCCCAUGGCAGUGAAGGGUCCCAAUGGGCAGGACCCGGGCCAGGAGAUCUACGAUGUGCCCCCCAGCGUGGAGAAGAACCUGCACCAAACUGUAAGUGCUGCUGGGAGCAAUGCUGACAGUGCCACUGCUCUGCCCUUGCAGGUGUACGAUGUCCCCCCCUCAGUGAGCAAGGAUGUGCCAGAUGGCCCAGUGCGGGAGGAGACCUACGAUGUGCCCCCUGCCUUUGCCAAGCAGAAAGCCUUCGAUGCCUCCCGCCACCCCCUCAUCCUGGCCCAGCAGGACCCCUGCUUGCCAGAGGAUGUCUACGAUGUGCCCCCGGCAGCUGGGAAAGGUGCUCCUGAGCUUCCACUCUCCCAUGAAAUUUAUGAUGUGCCCCCCAGCCUCAAGAAGCUGGGGGGAUCCACCUUCACUUCCCAAGAGGUGUACGAUGUGCCCCGGGACCUGCACGCCCCAGGCAAGGGCUCUGUGGACACGGAGGGCGAGUACAUCUACGAUGUCCCACCACAAGUAGACCGUGAGGCCAAGGGCGCUGAUGGCAAGCGCCUCUCGGCCUCCAGCACAGGCAGCACCCGCAGCAACAUCUCCACAUCCUCGCUGGACGUGGUGCCUGUGAAGGAGUCAGCUAAGGGAGCUGGCAAGGAGUUCUCCCUGGACUUGGAUGCCGCCAUGGAGACGCUGGCCAAGCUCCAGAGUGGCAUCAGCAGCGCUGUCUCCUACCUCAUGUCCUUUAUCAGCACCAACUGGCGCAGCCCUGAGCACAUGGAGGUGAACGCUGCUAACAUCCGUGGGGCAGCCGAGGGUGUCCGGACAGCCCUCCGGGAUCUGCUGGAGUUUGCCCGGGGGGCAGUGGGCAAUGCUGCCCAGGCCUCCGACCGCUCCCUCUACACCAAGCUCAGCAAGCAGCUGCAGAAGAUGGAGGAGGUCUACCAAGCCCUGGCACGGCAUGGACAAGCGCUGGAUGCUUGCCACUGGGCCCCCAGUGCUCUGGCCAGCAGCAAGCCGGGCACAGAUGACUUGGAGCACUUCAUCAUGCACUCUCGUGGUGUUCCUGAUGACACCAAGCAGUUGGCUUCUUUCCUGCAUGGCAAUGCCUCCCUUCUCUUCAAACGGACAAAGCCAGCGGUGGAGAGUGGUGGCCAUGGGCCCCCUCACCCCUCCGACAAGGCCAGCAGCAUCCAGUCCCGGCCCCUGCCCUCCCCUCCCAAGUUGCUGGCCCAAGAGUCACCUGAUGGGCCCUAUGAGAACAGUGAGAGCGGCUGGAUGGAGGAUUAUGACUAUGUCCAUCUCCAGGGCAAGGAGGAGUUUGAGAAGACCCAGAAGGAGCUGCUGGAGAAAGGCAAUAUCAUCCGGCAGAGUAAGGAUCAGCUGGAGCACCAGCAGCUGAAGCAGUUUGAGCGGCUGGAGCAGGAGGUGACGCGCCCCAUUGACAAUGACCUGUCCAACUGGAGCCCCCCCAAGCACUACAGCCCCGCCCGGGGCAGUGGGACACUGUGUCCUGCUGACCGCCAGCUCCUCCUCUUCUACCUGGAGCAGUGCGAAACCAACCUCACCACGCUCACCAAUGCUGUCGAUGCCUUCUUCACUGCUGUCAGCACCAACCAACCUCCCAAGAUCUUUGUGGCCCACAGCAAGUUUGUCAUCCUCAGCGCCCAUAAGCUUGUCUUCAUUGGAGACACGCUGUCCCGCCAGGCCAAGGCCCAGGAUGUCCAGCACAAGGUGAUGCACUACAGCAACCUCCUCUGUGAGAUGCUCAAGGAGAUUGUGAUGACCACCAAGGCGGCUGCCCUCCACUACCCAUCUCCUGCUGCCUCCAAGGACAUGGUGGAGCGUGUCAAGGACCUCGCCAACAGCACGCAGCAGUUCAGGAUGGUGCUGGGCCAGUUGGCAGCCAUGUGA